GUCCACCUCGCCUCGGGCCAGGUAGGCCUGUUACACUUGUGCUUCCUUCGCUCGCUGCGGCAGUUUUGGCCGAUCCAGCGUGGGGAGGACACGUCCUGCCGGCCAGGCUUUCUGGGUCUUCUUCAGUGUCCUAUGGUCUGGCUCAGUCGGGCUGGGCUCAUCCUGGGGCGCCCUGUAGUCCGGGUGGCCUUGCUGGUGCUGUCCCUCUUUGCCGAGUGCCAGGUGGUCAGGGUGUGUUCCAGGGCGGUCAAUAGUUCCCUGUAUGUCCCGGGGGCUCACAUCCCCACGGCCUGGCGUUCUGUGGGUGGCAAGGUCCUCAGGAACUGGUCCACGGCCACCCUCUCUACAACCUCGGUGGCAGAGUGCAUGCCAGGCUGGAGCCACCUCUUGGCAAGGCGCAGGAGGGUGUCCAUCUAUCCACGUGGCUUGGCUCCCGGCCUGUAGCGCCACCGGUGGAACUCCGCCACUGCCUGUAGCGGGUUUCACCCACACCGUGCCAGGAUCUCCCUCUUUACCUCUCCAUAGCCGGCUGCUUCCUCCGGAGAGAGGGAGUAAUAGGCCGUGCGCGCGUCCUCAGAAAGCAGCGGGCCGAAGAUGCGUGGCCACUCACCGCAGUCCCACUCUUCACGGCGGGCGACGCUCUCAAAGGUCUCGAGGUAGGCCUCAAUGUCAUCUUCAGGGUUUAGAGGGGGAAAGCAGGCAUCAGACCUCACGGCCAGGAUCAGGGAGGUGCGUAGCAGCUGCGGGAGUCGCUGUCCUCGGGGCCACUAGCUCUUGUGUCACCGCUUGUAGGCUGUGGCCAUGCUGUUGUGCCACCGUUUGCUGCUCAAUACUGGCGUCCAGAAGGUGCUGCAGUGUGGGAUACAUGUUUGUGAACAAUCCCCAAUGGAGGAGAGGGAAAAUAAAAAAAAUUGAUUAUUUUUAUUUUUAUAAUACAGGUUGGUCUGUGCUCAUGCCUGCAUCCUUCACCAGUCUAGGGAUUUUAGCCAGCGGUGGGCGGAGCACAGACACACAGGAGGCUGUUUCAAUGUUAUAGGGGAUUUAUUUAAGACUAUCGGUGAAUAGGGGUGCGCGUGUGGGUGUGUGUGUGUGUGGGUUGAAGGGCGAUCGGGCGGUGAGGGUCUCAGCCGUCGGCGAUUACAGCCAAGGGGGCGGGGCGGAGCAGUCACUCGCGUCGGAGUCACCUGAAACCCGAAAAACACACAACAGCGAUUAGCAAACAGGCACGCGUCGGCAAAACUGCAUAAACCACGCCAGAAAUUCGCGCACAUGCUCGGGGAUACUCCUCCCUUUCUGCGAGUGGAAUAUCGCCCUUUUAUAUUCUCCCCUCGCUUGCUGGAUGGUGGAAUUCUUCCGUACGGUGCACCAUUCACGAGCCGUGGGUGUGUCGGCGGCCCCGCCCCGCUGCCAAGUACUCUCUGGAUGUCCAAAACAUUUGGAGCUGUCUCUUCUGCGCCACUGCGGCAGUCGCGUGAGGAGCGAUCUUUGUUUCCUGUGCGCCAGCUACCGGCCUGGCGCCACAAUCCAGAUUAUAUAAUGCAGAAUGUACAAGUUCAAAAUCAAUUAUUUAUUUCCAAUAACACCCAACUGUAAAGAAAAUGUGAAAUUUUCUUGUUUCAUAUUAAUGACAGAAAGCAAAGUAUUGAAGGAAUGCAUUCUAAAACAAAACCAUAAACAAAGACUAAUAGCAAUCAAAAGAAAUAAAAGAAAUGGUUCCAUAUAAGUUUAUGUCUAUGGCAACUGAUGUGCUGCAAUGGCUGAGCUGCAUUUCUAGAAGAUUUCACUCACGGCAAGCUUAGGAGGUGUUUUUUCAAUGUUUACUUGUCAUUUUGUCAUGUUCUGCUCCCUGACAGCUUUGUCUUUUAUUGAAUUUUGUGGGCAUGGCUUAAAUGCAAAUCAGCCAUGAUGUGAACAUGCUUGGUACUUCUUGAGCGAUUGUCAUUCAACAACAUAUUUUCAUCAAGGAAGUCAGUGUUACCGAAAUCUUUGUAAAUCUGGCUGAAUUUGUAUUUUAGUUUGGCCUACAAAAACAUUUAUCCAACUUUCGUAAAUGAUUGAUAAAUGUGGUGCAGUAUCCACACCACAUACUGUAAAUUACAACACUAUGGUUAACACCAGAACAAUUUCCACAUCUCCCAAAUAAAAAAUAGAAAAGAAAAAAAAACAUUUAUAGAAAUGUUUCAGCAAUCUUUGAAGCCACAUAUCCUGCCUCUGGCUGGAAGUGGUAAUGUACGCUGGCAGAGCAGAAGAGCUUCUAUAGAAAAGUGUGGUUUCACGUCUGUAAUGCUGUGUCGCUGUGAUUUAUUAAGAACAUUCAUAUAGGGUAAAUGCCUAUUGAACAUAAAUGUGCAAAGCACACUAAGUAUUACAGUCUAGUAUAUCUCAUCUCUACCCCACUGGAAGUGAAACAGCCUCAGAAACACAGCAGACUGAGGAGUGAAUUUAGCAAAGAUGAACAACCCUGACUAGGAAAAACAGUGGAAUGGAGUGAUAAAGAUUUUAGCAAUGCAACACUUGAGUAAUGAGGAGGAGGUCUGGAGGAACUGAAGUUGACUGUGUUUAAGACGAAGGAAAUGGAAACCACGCGUGUGUGUUUCUGUGUUAGAGAGAGAGAGAGGGAGGCACAGAGAAUGAAAGCAGGAAAAUGUGUAGGCUGUCAUUAAUGUUCACUCAGUGACUGACUCCAGACUAAAGCACUGAAAAUGAACCUGCCUUGACGAUAAACACGUUUUUAUUAGUUUUCCCUUCAUUCGCCAUGGCUAGACUAGUUCAGUUUUUUAUCUCGAUAGUAAACAGCAUUCUUGUGGUUUUCAUUGUCCUUGUACCUGUAGAUACACAAGAUCCAGUUGCUUCAUGUGUCCCUGAAAUCAAAAUUCGGAAGAACACUGUUUACACAGCCUCAAGUGCGAGCAUGUUGAACAUCUCUUGCCCUGUGACAUAUUGCAAGGAGAUUCCUGUUGUUGAAUGGAUUAAAAUUGAUGAUACAAGCAAGUUUAUACACAUCAGUGGAACAAAUCAAGUAACAAUUACACAAGAACAAGCAGGGUUGAAGGACAUCAUCUCAUAUUUGAGCUUCAGGAACAUAUCAACAGAUGAUAAUGGCAUUUACAGAUGUAUGAUUUCCAAAUCAGACUUUUCAUUAGAAAGCCACAAUAUUAAUGUCAAUGUUUCAGUUUUCAGCUACCACGACAAUACAAAUAACACUAUUGGCUUAGAAGAGAAAGUGCCAGGAGUCAGUUGGCUUUCGUAUGUCUUCAUUGGCUUCGGAAUACUCUGCCUGGUCAUGAUCGUAAUGUUGAUCUCUUUCCUGUGCAUAAAUCUGCAUUCAAGAAAAUCUAACAGCCACAGACACAAAAAUGCAACAUGUUGUCCAAAGCCACUGAGCGCCACCACAUCAGGAAAGUCCCAGGAAAUUCCAGAAGAGCAAAAUAACAUCUAUGAUGCACCUACAGAUGAUUUACACCCAGAGCUGGACUCUCUGUAUACGGGGAACAAUCAGGAAUGCACACUUGACAUGAGGAAUGGAAACAGGAUUGGUGAUGGAUCACAACAGAUUGUAUAUGCAACUCUUCAACAUCCCACACCCCGAGAAUCUUCUGCAGUCCACCGUAAAUCAAGAGAACAGCUGUCGGAGUAUGCCUCGAUCCGAAUUUGCUAAAAACCUCUGGGAAUAAUUCGGGAGAAUUUCAGAAUUUCAGUGAAAUAGUAGUGGUAUAAGCACUGUGAUGUGCAAAACAGGAGCUGUAGGUAUUGAAAAGUGUUUUCAAAUACAGUAUGCAGAACAAAUAAUAGGACUCUUUCCAGAAUAAAAGAAUUUCCAAACACCCCACUUAUGAUCACAGCACAGGUUGAACUUUUCCGGUUUAAGACCAAUUGUGUAAAUAUAUGCCAUUGUAUGAAUUUAUUUAUGCCAUUAGAGAGUUUCUGAAUUUUUAUGGGCAUUCUACUCAUUCAGAUGUAGAUUUGAAACAUUGUGUAUCAUAAUGUAUUAACAGCACUUCCAUGUCUUACAUAAAAUUGAAUAAAAUAUAUAUACAAGUCUACAUAUUAUUCAUACUUUUUU